AUGGCAAUCGCUCGGUGGACUUUGCUCUCUCGAGUAGCCGCCAAAGCACGCUCAUCUCACUGCGCCGCUGUGACCGACACCGGCGUAUGCCUUAUCUACGGUGGAGAGCUCAAGCCCCGCGAGCCCGUCGACACCGAGCCCCUUGCUCUCUCGGAUGAAGCCCUCAAUUCAGCUGGAGGGACGGUACCGAUUCCGCGCGUCGGAGCGACUACGGUAUGGUCGGCGAAGGACAAGCAUCUCUACAUGUGGGGUGGGCGCGGCGGCGUCGAUAUGGCCCCGCUCGGGCCCUCUGAGGUAGGGAUGUGGAGGGGCUCCUUGGUCAAUGCCAAAGCUGGCGGUGCAGUCAAGCUUGCAUCCGUGAAAUGGGAAAAGGUUUCCGCGAAGAAUGAGGAGGCUGCGCCAGAGGCUCGUAGCUACCACGCGUCCGUUGCCCACAAUGGCAAGAUUUAUAUUCACGCUGGAUGCCCGGAGAAGGGACGUCUGUCGUCGCUCUACACUUUCGACGUGCAGAGUCACACUUGGACAUCGCUCGCACCCGGUCCAGAACCGGGACGGGGAGGAACCUCGCUCGUCUUUGGUUCAUUGAAGCAGUAUGGCGACGUUCUUCUCAGAUUUGGUGGUUUUGCCGGGUACGAGCUCCCGACCGAUAACUCUCUCGACAUAUACUCAAUCGCCAAUGACGUCUGGCACACCGUCGUGCCCGCCCCGGACCCAGAGCACGGACACCCCGGGCCCCGUUCCGUCCACGGCUUCACCUCCUUCCGCUCCACGUCCCCCAGCUUGACCGACGCCGUAGCAGUCCUCUACCACGGCGAAGGUGAGGCGUCGAACUUGGGCCAUGCUGGCGCCGGCAGGUUCUACGACGACGUCUGGCUGCUGCUCGAUGGGAAGGACGGGCUGGCGUGGAAGAAGGUCGAUGCCGUAGGGAACAAGCCCGAGGGAAGGGGCUGGUUCCCGCCGGUUUCGUGUGUGAGAAAGGAUGGAGACACAAUGGUGCUCCUGUUCGGCGGGCUGCUCUCGUCGAAUGAACGCAGCGACGAGCUGUGGUCCCUUGAGAUCGAGUAAUCCUUAGAUGAAGUAGAAGGGAAGAUGUGUACGCUGAGAAGCUGCCGUGUCCAAUAUGUAUGUACUGGUAUAGGGGACGUCCCGACGAAUCGCACUCGCCCAGAUGCUCAGAUCG